AUGAGACACGAGGAAGUGAAGAUAUUUCGAGCGCUGAUCCUGGGUGAGCUGGAAAGGGGGCAGAACCAGUACCAGGCGCUGUGCUUCGUCUCCCGCCUCAACCGCAAUGAGAUCAUCCCCAGUGAGUCCAUGGCUCGCCUCCGACAGAAAAACCCACAGGCCAUUCGACUGGCCGAGGAGCGGCGAGGACUUGAGCAGCUGACGAUGACGGCGGGGGUCAAUCUCACCCGGGCCUGGCAGCUCAGCUCCCACAUCCGCAACAUGUGUAGUGAAGCACACGAGGCCAUUUACACCCGGGAGGCAGACGUCAGAUACUGGCUGGAGAAAGGAGUGGAGAGUUCUGUAUUCGAAGCUCUGCCCCAGACAACAGAGGCGUCCAGCUUUCAGGCGUGUCACUCCACUAAAGACUUGUGGCAGCCGUGUCUCUGCACAUACAGCCUGCGUCUGGAGUGGUACCCCUGUCUGCUGAAGUUCUGCCGCAGCCGGGACGCCGUGGGCAAAGGCUCCACCUACAAGUGUGGCAUAAAGAGCUGCAGCAAGGGCUACCAUUUUACCUACUAUGUUCCCCAAAAACAGCUCUGCCUAUGGGAUGAAGAGACAUAGCUUUUUUUUCAGAAUAAUUAAGAAAAGAAAAAAGUUUUUGCUCAGCCAGGCCAGUUCUUCUCCAGUGAUUCUGUUCAUUUACACUGAACCUUGGUUCAUAUGGUGGUAAAUGAACGUUUCUCAUGCAGGGAGUGCAUCUUAAAACAGAAACAGAUUCAGGUCAUAACUUGACGCCAAAACAAAGGAAGGACCGAUGCAGCGGAAACAGUCGCUCCACAGCUUUUCUGACAUUUAGCUUUCGUGUCACUUUGCCAAAAAUACCACAUUUGUGCCUUUUUUUUUUUUUUUUUUUUUGGUGAGAGAGAGUGUUUGGGAGACAACAACAAUGACCUCUGGAACAAGUUAUGGUAUGCACAAAGCUUCACAGUGGAUUUCUGCUCAGCUGAACACUAGCAGAGUAACAACACUCACUCAUGGGAGUUGGACAAACACAAUCCUCCAUCCUGGUGAAGGAAAAUACGGAUGGUGGAUUAAUCUUUGAUUAAAAAAAAAAAAAGCUCUGUGAAUUAAAAAAAAA